UUUGAAGUGUUGAAGAAGACAGUUCUGCAGCAAUACGCACCUUUGAAGUAAGAACAUUAUACGUUCCUGAGAAUUGCAUGCAUCUAUCAGCUGUUCACAGAAGCGUCAACUAGCUAUGGCUUACCGUCUGUUUGAAGGCAAGAAACACGUUUCUUCCUACUGGAAGUAUAGGAUCUCUCCACCAGACCAUCUGAUACAACAGGUGAUUGACUUCCUGGAAAAACAGAAAGGUCGUCCCUUUGAGCUGGCUGUGGAUGUGGGAUGCGGCUCAGGACAGGGGACAGUGCUGCUUGCCAAACACUUUGCUUCUGUGGUAGGGACUGACGUUAGUCCUGCCCAGCUGGAAGUGGCUGUGCAGCAGGCCAACAAGCCGAACAUUACCUAUAGACAGUGUGUGGCCGAGGAGCUGCCUUUUGCUGACAGCUCCGUGGACCUAAUGACAGCCAUGUCUGCCUUCCACUGGUUCGACCGACCACGCUUUCUCCAGGAGGCCCACAGAGUCCUGAAACCUCAUGGCUGCUUGGCUCUGCUCAACUACACCAUUGACAUGGAGCUCAGCUACCCUGACUGCUGCUCGCAUGCACUCAACCAAGUCUGCAAAGAGUUUUAUGCAGCCUUGCAACAUUACCGCAGUCCUCACCUUGGCCCCAGCUCUAUUGAGUUAUACCGGGAGGCCUAUGAAUCCAUCCCUUACCCUGACAAGGAGUGGCAGGAGUGUGUGUGGGUGAAAAUGCCCAUGCCUCUGUCCAGCUACAUGGGCUUGGUGGAGUCUUUUUCGAGCUAUCAGGCUCUGCUGAGAGAUGACCCGCAGAAAGCCACCAGCCUCUCCCAGGACAUCUCUCAAAGGUUGAUGUCCAUAAUGAAGGUGACCUCUUUGGAGACAGAGGUGGUGGUGGCUGUUAAAUAUUAUUACCUUCUGGCCUGCAAACCUCAGGAAACCUGACUCCUGCCAGCACUAACAGUUUCAACCAAGCCGUGAAUGUGCAAGCCCCCCAGUAUUUGAUCAACUUUUCUCUGAGAAUGUUUUCUCUCUCUCUCAGGACAAGUUCGUGUGUUGGGUGUUUGUUACAUAAGCUUGAGCUCUCUGCUUUGCCUACAAAUGCCACUUAUUUGAAAGGAAUAGUUUUACACUUUAGGGAACGUGUUUAUUCACUGUCUUGCUGAGAGUUAGAUGAGAAGUUAGAAACCACUCUCCAUCUAUUAAUCAAUCAAAAAAUCAUAUAAAAUAAUACUGUAUAAUAUAAUAUAAGCCUACCAGCUCCUCCAAAGCUCGCUGAUUAAAACAUUAAGCCUAUAUCUUUUAUCUAAUUAAUCUAUACAAAAUUAUGAACAAAAUUAUAAACACACAUUUUGGAGAGGCCUUUUAUUGUGCACACCUGUGCAAUACCCAUGCUGUCUGAUCAACAUCUUGAUAUGCAACACCUGUGAUGUCGAUGGAUUAUCUCGGCAAAGGAGAGAAAGUCAGCUCAUGAUGAAUGGGGGCAAAAAGAAAAGUGUUGAGUUUAUAAUUUUGUUCAGUGUAUGUAAUAUUAUA